AGCCAAGCGUGCACAAAGCUCUUAAACUGACCAUGCGAGCGAGGAGUGUGUGAGUCGGGAAUCUGCACGAAGCACUAAUCCACUGCAUUUCGCGCCAGGUCAAGUUCCGGACGCACUUUCGAGGGACUACUGAGCGUCUGGUUGAACUGCCAACUUUUAGAAACCCGUCUCCGUUUCGUCGCGGCUCGGAAGUUUAUCAAACGACACGAUGGUGGCGAUGACAAAAAGAGUCAAGGUCUUCGAGAUCGUCUUCAACGAUCCGUCCAAGACGUUUUACUGCAGCGGGGAUAAAGUGGCCGGGAAGAUCUUGGUGGAGGUGUCGGAGAUGACCAGGGUGAUGGCCAUGAAGGUCCUGGGGGUCGGGUGCGCUAAAGUGGAGUACGCCAAAGGCAAACAGAGAUGCCGUGAAGAAAUGGACUAUCUGAAGUAUGAAGACCUCGUCCACCUGGAUGACCACCCAGCAGACACUGAUGGUUCGGUCAUCCUCCGUCCUGGCAACAAAUACGAAUACUCGUUUGGCUUCGAGCUUCCUCAGCAAGGACAACUGGUGUCUUCCUACAAGGGCAAGUUCGGGUAUGUUCAGUACUUUGUGAAAGCUCUGAUGGAAAGACCCGCUCAGCCUGCCCUGGAGUGUAAGAAGCACUUUGAGGUGGAAGAGCCCUUGGAUGUCAAUACCCCAGACUUGCUGUCCCCUACCGGAGGCAUGAAGGAGAAGAAGGUCACCUGCAUGUUCAUCCCAGACGGCCAGGUCUCUCUAAAUGCCAAAAUCGACAGGCGUGGCUUCUGUGAGGGUGAAGAGAUCUGCAUCGAUGCCAAAUUCGAGAACACCUGCUCUCGCAUCGUGGUACCCAAAGCGGCCAUCGUGGCCAAGCACACCUACCAGGCCAACGGCCGCACCAAACUCUUCAGGCAAAAACUCUCCUCGGUACGUGGCAACCACAUCAUCUCCGGCAUGUGCGACGCCUGGCAGGGCAAGAGCAUCCGUGUGCCCAAGAUCAAGCCCUCCAUCUUGGGUUGCAACAUCAUUCGAGUGGAAUACGCGCUCAUGAUUUACAUGCACAUCCCUGGCAGCGAUAAGUUGGUUCUGGAGCUGCCCUUGGUCAUCGGGACCGUUCCCUACAAUGGUUUUGGUAGCCGCACCAACAGCAUGAGCAGUCAGGAUGGUUCAGUCAGCAAUGCAUCCAAUAGCUGGGUGUCCCUGCGGAUGCCAUCGUCUGCGCCGCCGAGCUACUGCGACAUUACGCGCGACUGCAGCCUGGAGCAACCUCUCACGCCUCUGUUGGAUGACUAUGAUGGUGGAGACAGUCCCAUCUUCAUGAACGCGCCCCAAUUCCAGUUCCCUCCACUCCCUGCUUAUUCUGAGGUGGAGGAGGAAUACAACAGCAACGCCCGCAUGCUUCCCGUCUGCUGAACCAAGCUGGCAGAGCGCUAGAACUGAACUGUUGCCCAUCGUAAAAGGGUGUCUUUUCCACUCCUAAGCACUUCAGGCUUUCACCACGCGGAUCAGAGCUGGUCUGAGAAGUGUCGUAUGAAUAUGUGGAGAUUUUGGGGCCCGAGUGACCCCUCUGCAGGACGAGCUAGUCGAAGGAAGAAGAUGUGAAGGCCGAGCUCUCCUGUGCCUGCAUUGCUGACAGCCAUCUUAUAUCAUGCAUCAGUCAAGCUAAAUGUGUUUCUGUCAUAUUUUUGAUGCUGUUUCUGGGCCUGAAAGAGGGCGCUCGGGCUGUUUGGCGUGCUGUACUUUGUUUGAGCUGCUCUUUUUUUGAGAUUACUGCUGAGGCGCAAACUGAUUGCGCCGCAUUAUAUCCAUUUAAGCACACAUAGACCUUCCCAAAUGUUGGUCAUGUACUUUCCAUUAAUCCCCAGUACAAUUAACAUUUAGUGCGUCAUUAUCAUUCCGUAAUGUUUUUAUUUUUGUUUGUGGGGAUGGAAAAUUUCAUUUGUAGAAACAUUCUUCGACACUUUUUUUUGUUUGAUUGUAUGUUGGUCGUGAGGUUUGAGUUAAUGUGCUGUCCAGAGAUAUUAUUAUUAUUAUUAUUCUAAGUUACUGAAAUAUAAAGAGAAACAUAGUAUAUUGAGUUUUUCAGCAAGGGAAAAAUCAUUCAGUGUCAGUCUAUAUAAUGUACCAGUGUUUUGUGUUUCAUUUCAAUGCACUUUUUUAUGGAUGCAAGUUGCUGUGUAACUACUCGCAGGGAGAUUUCCUACGUUAUUCGUUUUAGUUUUUCUCUCGUCUUCCAAAAUUGUUCAUCGAGGGAUCAAGCAUUGCACGUGCAACUUAAGACUGUACUGUAAUGCGUUCAAAGCCUCGUCCUAACAAAGGGCUUCACUGAUGUUGCUUCUUCCACUGUGGACUUGAAACAUUAGGCCAAAAAAGAACUUAAUACUUCAAGUGCCAAAAUUGGGGUCCGUUUUGGACCAUGUUCGUUUGCGAGACCAGAAGCUGCACUGUGUGUCGACUUAUCCUGAAGUCUUUUUGAUGAACAUUUCACUUGUGGAGAUCUUCCUGAACAUUGUUCAGUGUGUGUGUGUGUGUGUGUGUGUGUUUUGUUUCUUAUAGAAUGCAAAAUGACUCUUACUGUUAUUGUAAACAGUGCAAAUUUGCAAUGUGCAAAGUAUCACUUUUGUAUCUAAAUUAAAGUGUUUUUUGUAUGAGAACUCAUUUUCAAUAAAAAUUUUAAGGUUA